AUGAAGAAAGAACAAUCCAGACCAACCUCCAAACCAAAAGGCCAACAGUCAUCAUCCAAAACAAAAACAAACAAGAAGCCAGGCAGAUGGGAAGACCCAAACUAUGUGCAAAUCAAGAGCAACAUGCUCUCUUUUAUAGCAACAAUUGACAACAUUAGACAAAGACAUGAAAAGUGGAAUGAUAUCUUGACACUGCUAUCGAAGACACCUUUUUGGCCACUGAUAGAAGCAUAUAUGCAGAAAAGGUUAACAAAGCUAGAGUGCAUGAAGUCUAACUAUGACAUCGUGAGACUCAUAAAAGACUAUGACACAAAGACAAGGAAGUUCAAGUUUAAUCAUGGUCACAGUGAGAUGAAAAGCCAAGAUGUGGCUGAAAUUUUUGGCUUGCCAAACAGAGGCAACAAGUUACCAUGCACAACAAGCUCAACAAGGCCAGAUUCGCAUUUUGUGAAGAAAUACUUCACGGGUUAUAAGAAGAUAACAAAGACUUCAAUUGAUAAGUGCUUGAACUUAGCACUUGAAGAUGAAACAGAAGAGGGUCCAAUGGAUUAUUGGCUCUGUCAAAGAUCUAACCUGCUCACUCCAAUUCCUGGAAGAGAACAAAUGACACCAGGGGCUGUCAAAUGGAGUCUUCAAGAACUGAGUGCGAAGCUUCAUCAUCUAAAGAACAACCAGAUAAAGAUAAAAAGCACUAAAGUUCAAGAGGAGGAUGAUGUUGCUGAAGAAGUGAAUGAAGAGCAUGAUGAUGCUGAAGAAGUGAAUGAAGAGCAUGAUGAUGCUGCUCAAGAAGAAAAUGAAGAGGAGGAUGAUGCUACUGAAGAAGUGCAUGAAGAGCAUGUUGAUGUUGCUGAAGAAGAAAAUGAAGAAGAGGAUGAUGAGAACCAAGAACAUGAAGUCCACCAACACCACCAGCUACAAGAUGACCUUCAAACUGAAAUCCCAGAAUACAAGAAUUCAACGUUGUUUGAGGAAGUUGUUUGA